UCCUGCAUGUUCAAAAAUUUGUACAGAGACGUUCUCCAAAAUCGAUUAGAAGUUUAUUAUCAGAUGUAAAAAGGAGUAACAAAGCUUUGGGUUGUCAGACGAUCUCCUCACUCCACCACAAGCCAACAACCCAAAUUAUUCAAAAACACACAUAUUUAUUCAAUAUUUGACGUCGUUCCCAUCUUCUGACUCCUCCUUUGCCUUUUAAGGAGUGCUGCUCCCUUUCCACCAAUCACCGUGCACCACGUAUAUCUGACUCCAUCCUUCUGUGUUAGUUCCUGCAAAACAACAUCUUUUGCAACGCAUCCCUUGCAACCUGCGGUCAGCUGCCAGCCCCAGGAAGUGCUCCCCAGAGACAGCUCCAUGCAGCAAGACAACAUAUCAACAUACUUUCAGCAAAAAACACUCAAUCAUCCAAUGCUUCAAUUAUGCUGAGUUGUUUCUCAAUCCCAUGAUUCAACAAAACACAUCAAAACUCAUGAUUAUACUUAAAACAUAUGCAAUGGAUUAAUUCAUAACUCUUUGGGUGUGUGUGUUGUUAGUUAGUUAGACUUGUCAAAACGAGCUGUUCUAUUUCUGCAAGUACACACCGAGCUUGUUCCUCUUUUGUGGUUUCGCUCGGCUUGUCACUGUUCUGUUUUUAUCACAGCACUUUUCCACUGAGCAAAACAGCAAGCACAUUAGAUAAAAACACACAGCUUAAUGAUUUAAUGAAAGAAAACACUUAUUGAUUAUAUUGGUAAUUAAAUCAUACUUCUAACUGAAUAAUAUUUCCACACCAGUCAUGUUUUUUCCAAGGCAUUUUUAUUGACCCUGGGAUACUGAUAUUACAGUUGUCACCUAACUGGAGACUCAAUCAGGUGCAAAAGAUGUCGCGAAAGACACCUCCAGGCUAUUCCGUUGGGUCGUUUCUUCAGUCACAGAUACUGCACGGAGUCUCCCACCCAAAACGGCUAAGUUUUUCUAUGAAUCUUGCUCUGUUGAACGGAAAAAGGGAUUUUAUGUAGACCAUACUGGCUAACGCCAUGCAUUUUCAAUGAAGGGGAAAAGAAUGCUUUCCCCCAGGCCACGCCCCCAGCUAUGACACGACACCGACCAAGUCUAUAAAAGUUUAUGCCAAUGGAUUUUCUUGAAAUGUUUACAGUACUUCCUGGUUGCACCUGUAGUGUUAGUUGAAGUUGAGAGAUAAUGUGAUGACAUCACUGAUGGCAUUUUUUGUACCUCUGUUGUUCUGUGUCUGUAAAUCUAGCAUCAUCCUGCAGGCGAGACGUACUUGGCUUUACAUGCUACACAGAGCUGGAACCUUCUGUUUCACUCCUAAUGAAGAGCUUCUAAGAGAGAUCCAAAGUCUUCUUCAAAUCCACCAGUUUAAAUCAAAGAAUGUCAAGCACAAGUUUAACUGGAAUUCCUGUGGGCCGUCUGACUGGUUUAGUGGCUAUUGCCGCUCUCGUCUCUCUGAUCCUCUUGUAUUUCUGGACUUCACCUCUGACCAGCUGUCCACCUCGACUACCUCAAUUAAAACAACACUCAGAUGGACACCAUGAAGAGAUGAACAACUCGAUUGCUGAUGAAACAGUGGAGAAACCUGUACUUUUAUUAUGGGUCUGGCCUGAAAAUUACAGAUUUGAUCUUAAGGACUGUAAAACUCUUUACAAUAUUGACGGCUGUCACCUGACGGACGAUAGAGCUCUCUACAGCAGUUCAGACGCUGUGCUUGUUUUUCACAGGGCUAUUAGUUGGGACCUGUCCACCCUUCCACCAUCUCCUCGUCCCCCGUUCCAAAAGUGGAUCUGGCUUCAUUUAGAAUCGCCAACAAACACGCAGAAAAUUCCAGGGAUUGAAAACCUCUUUAAUCUGACUCUCAGUUAUAGAGAGGACGCUGACAUUCCUGUGCGGCUGAGACUGACCAGCAACAAAACUCCAAAUGAGGAUUUUACAAUUCCCAAAAAGGACAAACUGGUCUGUUGGAUCGUAAGUAACAAUGCUGCCCAUACAGGUGUCGGCAAGAGGAACACUUACUACAAUGAACUUAAAAAGUACAUCACUGUGCACAUGUUUGGAAGCGCUUAUGCUGGGAGACUAUCUGAUGAAGACUAUUAUCCCACCAUAGCCAGCUGCAAAUUUUAUCUGUCUUUUGAGAAUUCCAUCCACAAGGACUACAUCACGGAAAAGUUUAACGGACCUCUGUCAGCAGGUACUGUACCUGUGGUGCUGGGACCUCCCAGAAAGAACUAUGAGAGGUUUGCACCGCGUGACGCCUUCAUUCACGUGGACGACUUCCCAGACGCAAAGUCACUGGCAGAAUAUCUGACGCAGCUGGACAGAGAUGAAGAUGCGUAUCGCAGGUACUUUAACUGGAGGAGACAUUUCUCAGCACGACCUCAUUUAAUAUUACAGAAUCAAGAGUUUGUUCUGGCGAUUUGCACGGCCUGCGAUCAUGUAGCGAGACACAAGGAAUAUCAAGAAGCUCAUGAUAUCUAUGAAUGGUUUUUUAACUAAAGUAUGCUUUGUGAUGUCAAAUGUGGGGUGAAAAUCUUUGGUCCGUACUUCAGACAUUGUACAUACAAAACAAAAUACAAUAAACGCAAAAUGUUCAUGAGACAGAAUAUACAAGUACAGAAUAUUGAACAGGAGCAGAACACAAAUGAUUUUAUAUGCUUCUACAUUUUUUUAUUUUUGUGCAUUUCCAUUAUUUGCCAAAGCGUCUGCUACAUGAAUAAAUGUAAGUAUGCAAAACAUAUUCUUUAUUCUUGGACAUAUAGGGCCCUAUUGUACACCCGGCGCAACGCGGUGCAAGGCGCAGCGCAAAUGUUUUUGCUAGGUUGUUUAAAUAUCAAAUGCAUUUGCGCUCAUUUGUGUGCCCAUGGGCGUGUUGGUCUAAAAAAGAGGUGUGCUCAGGCGCAUUGUUGGCGUGUUGCUAUUUUGAGGAACUGAAAAUAGACUGCGCCAUAGACCAACUCAAACCUGGUCUAAAGUCAGUGGUGCGAUUUUUUUGGGGGGGUUAUUUAAAGAGCGCAUUAGGAAUAUGCGCCUAUAGGUGGGUGCACAGCGCUCGUACAUUCUGCUUAUUAACAGGGCUGGGGAGUAACGAAAUACAUGUAACUUAGUUACGUAUUUAAAAUACAAUAUUUGAGUAACUGUAUUUCAUUACAGUUACUUUUUAAAUGGUGGUAAUCAAAUUACAGUUACAUCUGAAAAGUAUUUUAGAUUACCAAAGUGAUUACUUGGAAUUUCAAUGGCAUUUAUUUCAUUUAAACUUUAUAUUAACUGUAACGGGCAAUUAAUGUAAACAGCAAUUGGUGAUUCUCUGACUCUUUCGUUCUGCAAAAGCAUCCCAAAUGACAGUUCUGCUCAUUUUCAUGCCCCUCGCAGAAUAUGCAAAAUUGGAAUAAUUUUAACAAAAUAAGAGGGAUCUGGGUUCAUACAAAUUGCAUAUUAAUUUUAUUUAGUACUGUUCUUCAUAUACUCCAUUAUACAAUUUGAGCCAAUUUUACGGUGGCUGCUAGGUGUCACCACGCUGCAAGGAAGAAAACACAUGCAAACAGAAAAAACACCAGCAAAUUCAGAAAGCAUCUUCAUUAGUUUGGCGACACAUGCCAAAGACGACAUGCAACAAAGACGGAGCCAUUUGCCUGUUUUCCCGUUUAAUAGUGACCGUCAUCUGAGAAAGAUAUUUCAGAGAUCACCGCCGCAUAUAUGUUGUUCUCUUUGUCGUUUCAUUGUCAGUGUCUGUCUUAUUUAGCUCUACAUUGUAUAAAUAAAUAAAAUCAACGAAGGUAACAGGAACUACAGCGCGUUUUAAAAUGAAAAAACAUCUGUGCGAAUUUCAGCUACAAAUUAAUUUACAGGCUAUAACUUGAAGGCGACGACCCCAUCGAAGUUCUUUGGAGAAAAAUACAGGGUUUUAGGUAGGCUAUGGAAAAGGUACCAAUCUUAUGCUAAAGCCAAAUUCAAUAGUCACUGUGAAAUGUAUACAUUUUCAUGUUUUAAGCUUAAAUGAGCAUCAAGUUGCUGUAUUUUAACAAACGAACAUGAAUUUAAAGAACAACAGUUUUUAA